AGCGCUGCCGCUGCGCCGGCGCCGCUCGGGGCGGGGCGGGCCGGGCGGCGGCUGCGCGGGGCGGGCGCGGCCAUGGCGAAGCACACGGUGUCCUCGGCGCGGUUCCGCCGGGUGGACGUGGACGAGUACGACGAGAACAAGUUCGUGGAUGAGGAGGACGGGGGCGACGGGCAAGCGGGGCCUGAUGAGGGCGAGGUGGACUCGUGCCUGCGACAAGGGAACAUGAUGGCUGCACUGCAGGCAGCUCUGAAGAACCCUCCCAUCAACACAAAGAACCAGGCAGUGAAGGACCGUGCUGAGAGCAUCGUGCUGAAGGUUCUCAUCUCCUUCAAAGCCAACGACAUUGAGAAGGCGGUGCAGUCGCUGGACAAGAACGGGGUGGACCUGCUCAUGAAGUACAUCUACAAGGGCUUUGAGAGCCCCUCUGACAACAGCAGUGCUGUGCUGCUGCAGUGGCACGAGAAGGCGCUGGCUGCUGGAGGAGUUGGGUCCAUUGUGCGUGUUCUGACUGCCAGGAAGACAGUGUGACUCAGCAGGGAGUGACGGUGUGACUCCAGCAGGGAGCCGCUGCUCCGAGCCCCGAUCCCCUCCCGGCACAGCCGCCCCGGGGCAGCCCUGCCCCCAGCUUUGCCUUCGCCCUGCUGCUUCCGUCAUACCCCACCAAUGAUGCGCGCCGUGAUCUCUCCUGCAGUCAAAUCCUGGAAAAUUAUGAAGGUGGAAUUUCACUUCUAACAGGAAUAUUUGGUACUCGCCAGCCUUUCAGUAACAUAUUCAGUGAUGUAAACAAUUUGGUGUUUAGAGUGAUUUGCAUUUGUGUGUAAUUGUGGCAGAUUUGGACCUGACUCUCUGAGCAAGUGCUGAGGGACACAGGGCAAUGUCUUAAUUUUUUGCUAGCCAAGCAGCGUUUUUGAGCUGAAAUCUUGAUAUUUGAGAAGUGGGGCAGCUAUUACUAACACAGGUAACUGGACCAUAAUGCCUUUGGUCAGCCUCUGACCCUACAUCUGUGAAUAGAGAGAAAAAAAGCUCUUUUCCAACCCAAAUUAUCAUUCCAGAGAGCUGAGUAUUUUCCUUAACCUGCUCAGGUUCCUUGCCAUCAGUCUGAUGCUGGGUCCACAGUGGGAAGGUCACGGUGGGAUGGAGUUGUCCAUCAUGCAGUUUGGAAAGUGGAAUUUAAAAGGUUAAUGGUCCAUUUACACUGGAGCCCAGCCCAGUGAAUUCUUCUUAUUUUGGGGAGCAAAGUUCCUGAGGAGAAGAAGAAAAAGCAGCUUUUACACAGCAAAUCACCUUUCAGCAACUGGAGAGUGAUUUGGUUUUGUCAAGCACAACUAAAUGGCUGCUUGGGAUAGUCUGAGAAACAUAUCCUGGUAUCGACACCAUCCUUGCAGAGCCUCUCUGUCUUGUUUUCUGGUUGUGUAGGGUGUGUAAGGAUACCAGACAGCUCACAUUCCUGUUGCAUUGUGCCUCAUCAUGUUAGCUAGUGGGCCAGUCAGGUUCCCAAAUAGAGAGCAGAAUUUUAAAGAAUUAGGAAAGCCCAGGGCAUCCCAGACCAUGGAUCACCUUAGAAGGUUUAGGGCCAGGAUGGAAAUACGUGUGGUUUAAUUUCACUAUUUUACUACAGUUCAGUUGUGUAAAACUGUUGGGGACCUUGUGAAAUCUUUGCUGUUUUUUGAUAUCUGCUUUGUUUUUGUAAUAAUAAUAAAGACCAGACAAUAAAUCGUCACUGAAUAUUUACUCAC